AGUAAGCAUUUAACUUCCGUUCAGUCUGUGUGGACUGAUGAAAUGUAGGAAAUCUGUUUCUGACGGGGGAAAAGGUUUCCCAAGGAGAGCACCAAGUACUGAGAGAUCAGAAGUAUGAAGAGUGGCAGUAGUGCUGCUGGACUGCUCAGAAGGGGAGAACAGGACGGGCUGCAAGCGGAGAAGAGCGCCAGGGCAUUGCGCGGCGAAAAUAUAUGACAACAUGUCCAUCUGGAAAGCCUCAGGAGCUAAAGAAUGUGCACUGCCCUUAAUCCAAAAGCCCGAGGCCCGGGCCUCUCAGAUAUGCAUCAGUAUAGUCAGUGGCUGGCCAGCAGACAUGAGGCAAACUUAUUGCCAAUGAAGGAGGACUUGGCAUUGUGGCUGACAAAUCUUCUGGGAAAGGAAAUAACAGCAGAAGCCUUUAUGGAGAAAUUGGAUAAUGGAGCUUUGCUAUGCAGGCUAGCAGAGACUUUACAAGAUAAAUUUAAAGAAAACUGCAUUGAGACCAACAAGCUUGGAAAGAUAAUGCCAGUGAGGAAAAUUCCAUGCAAAGCCAAUGCACCUUCUGGAUCAUUUUUUGCACGGGACAACACAGCAAAUUUCUUAUCGUGGUGCAGAGAUGUAGGAGUGGAUGAUACUUGUCUGUUUGAAUCUGAAGGCUUAGGCUCUGGAUGCAAUGAACAGACUUCAGCUCUUCUUCAAGGAAUCUCCUCUGCAAGAAAAGGGUUUGCCUUCAGUUACGCCAGCAUGCUCAUACUCCUCCACAAGCAGCCCAGAGAAGUGUGCCUCUGUUUGCUCGAGCUUGGAAGGAUUGCUGCCAGGUUUGGUGUGGAGCCUCCUGGAUUAAUAAAACUGGAGAAAGAGAUUGAACAAGAAGAAACACUUUCAACUCCUCUUCCCUCUCCUUCACCUUCUCCAUCAAAAUCACCUGGAAAAAAGAGCACAGGCAAACUCCUGGAUGAUGCGGUCAAACAUAUUUCAGAAGAUCCACCUUGUAAAUGCCCUAGUAAAUUUUGUGUGGAGCGUCUUUCACAAGGAAGAUACAGAGUUGGGGAGAAGAUCCUUUUCAUCAGGAUGCUCCACAACAAACACGUGAUGGUUCGUGUAGGAGGAGGAUGGGAGACAUUUGCAGGGUAUUUGCUGAAACACGACCCAUGCCGGAUGCUGCAGAUCUCUCGGGUGGAUGGGAAAACAUCGCCAAUCCAGAACAAGUCUCCAACCAUCAAGGACAUGAAUCCAGACAGCUACUUGGUUGUUUCUGCCCAUUACAAAACCAAAAAGGAGAUUAAGUGAAAUUACUUUCUCAUUUCAUUGGGGACUCUGUAUAUGUCGGUCCAUACUAUCUUCUUGAGUAUAGUCAAAUUAGUUGACGCUUUAAAAGGAUUUGUGAAAAUUAUACACAGACUGGAAAUAGCAACCCAUUUUGUGGAUUGUUGAACUGUAGAACUAUUUAUUUCUAGUACUGUAUCUUUUUAUAGCAAGUUACCCUUUAUAGGCUAAUUAUUAAAAUCAAAUACAAAAUAGACAUAUAUUUUUAGCCAAAUUAUUACUCUAUGAAUGUAUUCUUAGAAUGACUUAAACAAUAUGGUUCACAUUAAAGUAAUAAAAUGUGGUAUAUAUUUGUAUGAGAAAAACCCUUACAAAGUUCUUGUGCCUUUGAAAGUACAAUGAAAUCCUAUACUUGCAGGAACCCUCAUUCAUAGAAAGGGCCUACUGUAUUCAGUCAUCCUGUUUCUUUGUGUGCAGAGUCCUUCCACUGAAAUUGUUUGGGGUACCUUUUGCUGGCAAGAUCAUUCCAUGACUCUGUCUAUGUCCUAUGACUGUAAGCAAAUUGAUGGAGUAGGGUGACAAAGUGCUUAGUGUGGAAAAUGAAAAUAGCUUGUGGAAAAUAUCAGCUCUUUUAUCACCUGAAUAUUAAUGUCAGAAAGCUGGCGUGGUGUGGUGGUUAAGAGUGGUGGACUUUAAUCUGGAAAACCAGGUUUGAUUCCCCACUCCCCCACAUGAAGGCCUUGAGCAAUCACAAUCCUCUCAAACUCUGUCAGCCAAUGGGGAGGCAAGCAAAUCAUUUCCAAACAUCUCUUGCCUUGAAAACCCUAUUGGGUCACUAUAAGCCAGCUGUUACUUGAUGGCCCUUUCCGCCACCAUAUUAAUGUCAGAAUUAAUGUCUUGAUUUAUAGGCUGCAGUUUUUUUCCCAGUCUAUAAAGAAACUAUAAUUUGCCAGCUGUUUUUGUUUUCAAAUUACCACCAAAGAAUGAAUGCUUACAAGCUGCUGAAAAGUACAUUAAAUGAUUUUAACUGAUGAAUUAUAUUUAGAUGUGAAUGCAUUAAUAGGAAGCUCUGAAAGAAUUUUAAAUCAACUUGUGGCUUGUUCCCACCCAAAGAACCUGUUUCAAUAUAGUAAAUCUGUCAGAUGUUGGUGGUUGAGAAGAAAGUGUUAGGUCAGCCCACAAAGAGUAGUGAUGAUUUUUGUGAGUACAUACAGAUAUGUGCUUAUUGGUUGAUAUAGCCACUUGGUUGGAUAGCCAAGUGGCUAGAUCAAUACAGCUAUUGGUUGGAUAGCCACCUGGCUUUGGAAAGGAACAGAGUGUAAAGCUAGCCACACAAAGAAGGAAUUUCAAGGCUUAGCUUAACUAGCAGGUUCUGAUGUAGUGUAAGGGAACACAAAUUUUGCACUGACAUUAAAGAUGUCAAAAAUGUACUUCUCUCACAAGUAUGUUUCACCAGCAGCAGUAGGAAGAACUGGUGCCUGAAAUGUCCAAUCCAUAAUAGCAUUAAUCUGUGCUAAAGUUUCUGUAAGAUGUCAUCUUAACUUGCCUUUCCUACACGACCAUGAUUAACAUUUAAUGGUAAUCCUGGGGAUUUACAUCAUCAGUUGGCCCAAAAGUCCCUGCACUGUGGCCACCAGUGACACUCUGAAAGGUCACCAGGUACCAGAAGAAGGUCAGAAAGCAUGUAUAACCUACAUGUGCAUUAGGGCAGUACAGUGUUUGAUAAUGUUGGCUGAGUGAUUAAUGCAACAAAGGUGUACCAACUAAUCAAAGUUUAGAGAAAACUUUAUCCAGGAAUUAACAUACGUGAUAAUGGAGAGUAGAGAUAUGGACAGGUUUCUAGCUAAAUUAUUAGCUGAGAGAGAGAUGUAGAGUUAUGGAACUUCUGAGAAGAAGCAGAAUAUUGCCCUAAGAAUAGCAAUCGAGGAAUGACACUUAUCAAGAAAAGUGCUGAUCUCACUAUCCUAUCUAAAUGGCCUUUUCUCCUGCAGAAUCUUCAAACUUCAGACAUUGUUCACUCCAAUAGAUAAAAGAGUAUUUUUUUGAAGUGUCUGACAGACUGGAAAUAUUUAAGGACACUCCCAAUCUUCGUUUUUAUAGCAUCAUAAAUUUCCAAUUGAGGCUAUUUUUCAUAUUAAGUUUUUAAAACACAGAUUCAGACAUUUUACUGUCCCAAAUGAGGUACAAUCAGAUUAUCAGGUCUCUUGCUAGAUGCAUGAAUUGCCAUGCUACUUCUGUAGUACCAUGCUAUUUUGCAGCCCACAAUAGAACCAACUGCAAAACAUCUGUACAUCUUUUCAGACAUAAGCAUGGUUCUUCAUUUACUUUAUGUUUUUCAGACUUGACCUGAUAAUGUAUUCAAUUGUAGCAAUAACUCAUGUGCCUGCUUUUCAGAGUCUUGCUUUUUGCCUUUUGGCUGUUCUUUCCAAUCUGUUGUGACUGAAGGGUACAAUAUAGCUUUAAACAGUUGUAAGCAUGUAUAAAAUAUGUUCUCAUACAAUCCCAGAUCAAUCAGGACUUUAUAUAAUCAUGUGGGGUAUUGUUUUAUUCAUUUGUUAAAUAAUGACCUUAUUCAGCCUAUCAAUUCAGCUGGUUUUUUUCAUCUACAUCAAGUAAAUUUGAAAAUAUUGUGUGCAUACUAUGUAAAUAAAUGCCUUUCUGGGGGGUUGGUGGGGGGGUGUAGGUCAAUCAUCUCACUGAUAUGGAAAAAUGCUGGAAUUUGGUUUAUAGAUUUUGCUAAUUUUCUUUGCCUAUGUUUGAUAACUGUUGUGCCUUGCUAGGAUAAUCAUUGUUCAAGGAUUAUUUGAAUGAUGACUGUAUAGAGUGGAACAGAAAUCAUUUGGUGCAUUAGUAAUAAAUAGAAACUUUCUAAAAA